AUGAGUUGUUCUCAUAAUUGUUCAAAUUGUUCUUUAAAAGGAAAUUGUAACCAACAACCAAAUCCAUCUACUUGUUCACAUAAUUGUGAUGAAUGUCCAUCAAAAAGUUCAUGUGCAUCAAAUACUUCAUCUCAAGGAGGAUGUUCACAUAAUUGUGAUAGUUGUCCAUCAAAAGGAAAAUGUGGAGGAGGAAAUAAUGGACCAGAUAUAGAACUUGAAGAAAUAAUUGAAAAAUUAAAAGGAAUUAAACAUAAAUAUGUAAUAUUAUCAGGAAAAGGAGGAGUUGGAAAAAGUACAUUUGCUACUCAAUUUUCAUGGGUUCUUUCAGAAGAUAAACAAGUAGGAUUAUGUGAUUAUGAUAUUUGUGGACCUUCAAUUCCACAAAUGUUUGGACAAAUUGGAGUUAAUGUUACUAGUGGAAUGACAGGAUUACAACCAAUUUAUAUUACAGAAAAUUUAUGUACAAUGAGUAUUGGAUAUCUUGUAACAACUCAAACUGCUGUUGUAUGGAAAGGACCAAAAAAAAAUUCAUUAAUAAGACAAUUUAUUCAUGACGUUGAUUGGGGAGAACUUGAUUAUUUAAUUAUUGACACACCACCAGGAACAUCUGAUGAACAUUUAACUAUAGUAAAUAUUUUAAAUAAAUGUAAUGUUGAUGGUGCUAUUAUUAUUACUACACCACAAGAUGUUUCAUUAAUUGAUGUUAGAAAAGAAAUUAAUUUUUGUAAAAAAAUAGGAUUACCAAUUAUUGGAGUAGUAGAAAAUAUGAGUGGUUUUAUUUGUCCAUGUUGUCAUAAAGAAAGUAGUAUUUUCCCACCAACUCAUGGAGGAGCACAACAAAUGUGUAAAGAAAUGGAAGUUAAAUUUUUAGGAAAAAUUCCAUUAGAUCCAAUAAUUGCACAUUCAUGUGAUAUUGGAUCACCGUAUUUCCUUGAACAUCCAGAUUCAGAAGCAACAAAGAAUUUCAAAGGAAUAUAUAAGGAAAUAAUAACAAAACUUUAA